UGGAAUUCCGAGCAACGUUUAUUUCACAAUUCGUGUCGGAAUAGAGCACGCGAUGUAGGACGAGGCGGCGGCGAAAUGUGCGUGCAGUGCAAUCGUUUUUCGACGGGGUGUACGUUGUGGUGAAAAGCGGUGGAAAGCGUUGAACUGAGACUCGGGAAGAUGGUGCUUGGGUGACUCCGCCAGGAUGAAGUACAACACGAUCGGGGCGGUGAAUGGGGAGAAGAAGUCCUCGUUUACCGUCUACGCCGAUAUGGAUAUAGCCCAGAACAAGAUGGCGACCACCGAAGCCGAGAUCUCCACGAUCCGCGGCGAGCUGGAGAUGGUCCAGAAGGCCCUCAAGGUCCAGACGCGCCGGUGCCGCCAGCUGGUGACCGAGUACACCAGACGGCUGCAGCAAAAAGAGCAGCAGUACCAGUCCGAGAAGGCCUUACGCAACGACCAGCUCACCAAAGUACUCCGGGCUUUAAUCAUCUUCGAGGCGCGGUUGAAGCAAGAACAGAAGUUUAUCAGUCACCAGCUCAAGGAGAAGGACCACAUCAUCAGCAAGCAAAGCAACGAGAUCAAGAAGCUCAUUUCCAAUCAGUAUUGCAAGAGUUGUAACCAGUAUUAUAGCCCUAGCUCGAACUUGGAGAGUCUGGAUAGCAGUUCGGAGUACGUCGUGACGGACUACCAGAGUUCGAACUUCGAGUCGCUUGACAGCAGUAGCGAUAUUUACGCGACGAUUUCUGAAAAAAGUUUUGACAACGACAAGGAUUCCGAGGGGAAGAUUUAUUUGAAGAAUAAAGGGAAGGAUUCGUUGGGGAGGAGGGCGAAGAAGUUCCAACACAGGAAGAGUGUGGGGACGUACUUCGAGGUGUUGAAGCUCAGAAAUGACAACUUGAGUUCGAAUGAGGACAACACGAGCAACGACUACGAUAAUUUGGAGUCGCUGUCGAGUGAGAUUAUCACAGACAAGAUCAACGUGGUGUCUGAAAGCAUUGAAAACAUAUUUAAGCAGAACGGACUCGACGGUAAAGAAAAUGACUCGAGUUCGAAUUUAAGCGCGUCUGAGUGUAACAGUACCGUUAUCAACAACCAAGCCGAAGCUAAGAAUGACGUUCUAAUUGACAAAAAGGACGCCGAAAGUAAAUCGAAAAUUACUGACUCGAUCCCCGUUUUUGAGGGGGAUGGAGAGACCAAUGACAACUGGUACGCCAGCGCGAGUGACCAAGAAGACGACGAGCAACGCGACAUUUACAGAAAUAACCCGGUUCUAGAGUGCAUGAACCAAAUUCUUCUGCAAAACAUCAACGACUCGAUGAACUCUCCCCCGAAAACCCCGAACCCGGAACGAAAAUCUUUAAAAAAUAAGAAAGUCAAGUUUAGUGACGAGGAAGAGAAACUAGUGAACACCCCACUGACGAAAGAGAACGUCUUGGAAAACACUCAAGACACUAACUCUCACGGCUACUACGAAACUCCGAUCCAGAAGGUCCCGAACUUCUACGAAACCCCGCAGAGUAUCUACAGCAACGACUACGAACAAAUCUUGAGCAAGUGUAGCGAAACGUUCUCUCCCCCUAGUCCUGAGAAAACUAAAAAGAGCGGAGUGUUGAAAAGUCCGGAUCACUUCUACGUCGACCUUGAUCAGAAAACCGAAGAAGGCAAAGAUGCUCCAGUUCGUCGGAUGAAAAUUCUGAGAGUCCCUCCAGCUCUCCCACCCAAACCCGCGAACCUAGUGAUGAAAUACAAACUCCAAACUGGGACGAAAUCAAAAGAUAGUGACACUGUAGAAUCAGAACCUGAUUAUUGUUCGAUUUCUGAGUUAAACCUCCCCACUAAGAACGUCUCCUUCCGAAAGAUUAACGUGAUCGCCGAGAUUAACCCCCCCAUGGGUCAAGACGUCAUCAGCAAACUAGAACGCGCGAAAAAGCGGUCACCAGAACCCGACUACGACCCAGUAGGAACCGACUCCUCCCCCAAUCUCGUCGUAAAAAAAUGCGUGGAGAAACUCAACAUCCAACUAGCCAAACAAACCCCGAUUAAGUCCGACUCACCUAAAAAGAACGAACCCGAAAUACCAAAGUUACCCCAAGUAUCCGAGAUCAUCAUCCCGGAUGAAACCGAGCAACAAGAAGAGAGAAUCAGCCACGACAACUACGUCAAAAACAACUCCCAGAUCCUCAAACUCAAAACCAGCAAAUUCGAGCCCAACCGACGCUCCAUCGUCAUGGGGACGUCCGUCUCCAGCCUCAUUUCAGGCUUCAACAACCAACUAAUCUCCGAAAUCAACAAGAAACCAGAGAAGCGGGCGUUUUCGAGUUUUGAAAACCUACAAAACUUAGAUAAACCCAAGAAUGAGAGUCAGUUUGACAAGUUUGAUUUGAGUCAGAAUUUCGAGGAGUUCAAGUUGGACGACUGCGAGAUCGAGGAGUAUAGUGUGAGUGAUAUUCCCGAUAUCAGUGAAGAGGAAGUCAAGUCGGAUACCAUCACUCUCGAGGAGAAGAAGCCGAAUUCGACCCGAGUUGAGUUGAUUCGGGCGACGAACGACAUGGUGCCGAAUUUGAACGUGAGUUCUGUGGAGAUGUUAAAAAGACAGUUGGAGAUGCAGAAGAACAAGAUGGCGAGUGAGCAGUUGAGGGAGAAUCAGGCGAAGAGCAACGAGCCGACGUAUGAACACUUCCUGGAGUGUACCGGGUUGAGUUCUAAGUCGAUUUUGACACCGUCGAGGCUUUUGAGUAACCACAAAAGUAUGCUCAAACCUAAGGAUAUCAAGUUUAGGUCCAAAGUGAAUAAAGGGAAUGUGUUGGAAAGGCACAGCACAGGUGUUAUUAAGUACUGGUCAGAGCCAUAUAUUUAGUGUGUGUACAUUAACGUAGCUUUAAGUAUUGUUAUUUUAUUUAUGUUUAUUGUAUUGUUUUCACCUUGGCAAGGUAUAAAAUUAUUACUUUUGCACUGCUUUUGUUGUUAGAAAUUCUUAUUCACGUCGUCUUGCUAUUGUGCCUAACUCAUGUACAUAGACGUAAACACUGUAUUAUUGUUUUAAUAAACUAUUUAUUGUAAAGAA